CUCGGUCCGCAGAGCUGAGCAGAGAUAGCAGUCAGCUGGCACUUGCACGCCGCGCAGGCUAACUCGCUUUCGGCUUUGAAUCGAGAUGGAGACCCGACGGACCAAGAGGAGAUCCAGCGCUCACAACUUCAAGUGUGGACUCUCUCUGUGGUUGAUCCUGUGGUUGGUGGUGGUAAAGCCAUCAGGAGUGGGUGCAUGUCCCAAGUUGUGUGUGUGUUAUCCCACUCCCAUGACGGUCAGCUGUCAGUCCCAGAACCUGACCAUGGUACCGGUCGGGGUGCCGUACGACUCGCAGCGUGUUUUCCUCCAGAACAACCACAUCACAGAGCUCCGCUCUGACUCCUUUGGCUUCGAGACACAGGUUCUGUGGCUUUAUGGUAACAACAUUACGUGGAUCGAAGCAGGUGCUUUUAGUAACCUCAGGGUGCUGGAGGAGCUGGAUCUGGGGGAUAACCCUUCGCUGCGACACUUGGAAGGUGGAGCCUUCAGGGGCCUGGAGAAGCUGCAGAGCUUGCACAUGCACCGCUGCAAGCUUGCAACUCUCCCCCAUGACCUCUUCCACAAGCUCUACAGUCUGCAGUUCCUCUACCUGCAGGAGAAUCAACUCCACUUUCUGCAAGAUGAUCUGUUCUCCGAUCUGGUCAAUCUGUCGCAUCUGUUCCUGCAUGGAAACCGGAUCCGUGCCCUGUCCGAAAAUGCCUUUCGUGGUUUGGUCAACCUGGAUCGCCUCCUCCUCCAUGACAACCGCAUCAAGCAGGUCCAUCGCCGGGCGUUCCGUGACCUGGGACGUCUGACGAUCCUGUACCUGUUCAACAAUUCCCUAGCUGAGCUCCCUGGACAGGCGAUGAAGGACACUCAGGGCAUCCAAUUCCUCCGGCUGAAUGCCAACCCGUGGUCCUGUGGCUGCGAGGCCCGUACGCUGUGGGAGUGGUUUCGUGAAGCUCGCAUAUCAUCCUCCGAGUUGAUGUGCACCUCACCGUCCCAGCGUCGGGGGCAAGACCUUCGAUUCCUCCGAGAGCUGGACUUUGCCCUGUGUCCCCUGCCUGACCCUGGGUCCCUGACAGGAACCACCACCACCACAUUCAGCACAAAAACACGCUGGUGGCUCUCUAAGAACAAGCCGGCCUCAUCAUCCAAGUCCUCAUACCAGAAAAACACUGAGAUCGUCAAGGAAUUCCCCUUCUCCGCAGUGAAGCCCAAGUACACCUACAGAAAACAAGCUCAGUCCUUCCCCACUCGUUACGAACCCUCUGAGGAGGAAGUAGCUCUUCCGAAGGUUGACCAGGAAGAAUACUGGGCCAACUAUGGCAAUGAAGAUGCCUCCAUCCGCUGCUUAGAGAUGGAGUGCCCCCCUGGGUAUGACAACCUACCCUUCCCCUCUUCCUCUAUUCCUGGACAAGCAAGUCCAGUCCUCCUUCACCUGCUCUUUGUCUGUGCAGCGACAAUCCUACUUCAGUUCCUCUUCGGUUGAACUCCUCUCGACACCUUUUUUCUUAGUUUGCUCCAACUUGCUCUUUCUAGCAAAACAUGGGUCACAAUUCCCUAAAUCUACUGGGUAUUGCUCCACUCAGAUGAGGAAAGACAGAGGUAAGUUUAGAGCGUUUAGAACCUACAGUAUCAUCUGAUGUCAGGUCCAACCAGACACGACAAGAAGGAAGCCUACACUGUUACACACCUGACACUCAAUGUCUCACCGCAUACAGUGUCAUGAAGGUGUUGUGGUAAAUCGACAAUAUUUGUUUUCUAAGAAGACAUGGAUUCUGUUUCUGAGAUGACAAUGACAUAGCAUCACUACAGUUCCUGAACAGGAGUGAGGGACAAGUCAAUCUGAGAGAUGGAAUUACAGCAAGCAAAUGUCUUUUAUAAUUCUACAAGACAAUGGAUGGAUGCCAGAAAACACACAUCAUCCCACGCCUGUACAUAGCAACACUAAAUGGUGUGUAUUUUAAUAGCGAUAGAGAAGUGAGCCUUAUUUUGCUACCUGUGAACAUUACUGUUCAGACUGAGCACAUUCUCGCAUCACAAGCAUUUUUUCCCUCCUGGGAAAACUACUCACAAC